UUUCUCUUCGAGCUUCAUUCUCGCUCUGAAAACGCCAAAUACGCUUUCAAACCAAAAUGGAGGAUUUGUCGGUCGAGGUGUACGGUGAAAAUGGUGCUUAUUAUAAGGCCAUUGUCACCGACGUGCUCGACAACGAGGUUCUAGUAGCCUUUGAAAAUGACUGGCAGCCGGAAUCUAAGUUUCCGUUUUCUCAAGUGUUCUUACCACCCAAGGAUACGGGCAAACACACAGAGUUCGUGGAGAACCAAGAGGUCGAGGUGUUCGCGAGGUCAAACGAAAAGGAAGCAUGUGGGUGGUGGACAGCUAAUAUCAAGAUGAUGAGAGGCGAAUUCCUCGUGAUAGAGUAUUUAGAAUGGGACAAUUGUUACACAGAGAUUGUGCCAAAAGAUCGCCUUCGCGUCAAAACUACGAAGACGCCGAUUGACAAAAAUACCUUUCACAAAUUCGAAAUCGUAGUGCCUGAUGAUGCUAAGGACUACGCGAAGGUCGAGAACGCGCACAAGGAGUUCCAGAAGGUGAUCGGCGCCGCGCUGGUGUGGUACGUGCCCGAGCGCGGCGUGCUGGCCGUCAUCUCGCGCAGCGACACCUCGCAGAAGCGCGCGCAGAUGUUGCAGGAGAUGCACUUCAGAAAUUUAACGCAAAAACUGCUAAUACUUAAAAAGACUGAGGAAGCUGCGAGACAGCUGGAGUCUACGAAAAUACAUAAUCAAGGAGGGUACUCUGACGAGUUCAGCGUGCGCGAGGACCUCAUGGGGUUGGCCAUCGGCACGCACGGAGCCAACAUCCAGCAGGCGCGCAAGGUGGCCGGUGUGUCCAACAUCGAGCUGGAGGAGGUCUCCUGCACCUUCAAGAUCUGCGGCGAGUCCGCGGAGGCGGUGCGGCAGGCGCGCGCGCUGCUCGAGUACGCGGAGGAGAGCAUCAAGGUGCCGCGGGCGCUCGUGGGGAAGGUCAUCGGCAAGAACGGGAAGGUCAUACAGGAGAUCGUGGACAAGAGCAGUGUCGUGCGCGUUAAGGUGGAGGGCGACAACGAGCCGCAGCCCUCCGCGCCGCGCGAGGAGGGCAUGGUGCCCUUCGUAUUCGUGGGCACGCGCGAGAACAUCGCCAACGCCAAGGUGCUAGUCGAGUACCACGUGGCGCACCUCAAGGAGGUGGAGCAGCUGCGCGCCGAGAAGCUGGAGAUCGACCAGCAGCUCCGCGUGGUGAUGUGCGGCGCGUCGGCCUCGUACCCGCCGCCGCGGGGCGCGCCCGCCGCCCGCGCGCGCCGCCCGCGCCCGCCGCACGCGCGCUACCCGCCCGGCGCGCGGCGCACGACGCCGGAGCUGGGCGAGGAGCGCACGGAGCGCGGGGAGCGCGGGGACGGCUCCUACCGCGGACGAGCGCGCCCGCCGCGUCCCAACAGAUCGAGUGAGCGCCGCGGCGAGGAGAGGCGUGUCCCGCUCGAGAAUGGACGCGCGCACCCUCGCCCGCCGCGCGACCCGCGGGACGCGCGCGACACUCGGGACAACCGGGACAACCGGGACAACCGAGACAACCGGGACGCGCGGGACGCGAGCGGCCGCAGACGUGACGAAAGGCGAAGGCAGACUGACGACGAGAGCUCUGUACUCGACAGCCAGGACGUUUCCAGUGCCGAUAGAGAGUCCGCGUCGUCGGAGGACGGGGGCGUCCCCCGCGGCGCGCCCGCCGCCAGGCGCCGGCGCCGUCGGCGGCAAGGAGGCGGGUGGAAGAACGGCGUGGGCGGCGGAGGAGGCGCGGCCGGAACGGGAGCCGCAGGAGGCGCGGGCGCGAGUGCGGGCGGAGGCGCGGCGACAGGAGCGGCAGCGGGCGCGGGCGCGAGCGCGGGCAAGGUGCGUCGCGACGCGCCCAAGGCCAAGGCCGAGCCGCUGCUCAACGGCACGGCGUAGGGCGGCGCGCCGACGUCGCCGACGUCACGUCCCGUAUCGUGCCCGCGCGUCCCGCGGACGGCCGGCCCUCGCUAGACUUACUCGUAUUAUGCUUUUGUAAGAGAUUCGUGAUUUGUAUUCCUGAUUAUUCGAUAAUAUGAAAAUUAAACACGUGUACGUCGCUCCCCCGGACGAUACCCGCCGAUCGCGGCCCCUCGGCGCCCCAUGGGAGAUCGGACAUAGCUCAGUCGGUACUGCGUACGUGUGCCGUAGCUCGUACUCUGUGGUUAUGUGAUUUCCUAUGAAAUAAACGUUUCUGUACAUAUUUUCAAACGUAUUUUUAUUUGUACGAAUAUUCGCCGCGCGGUCGGCGACGCGACUGUCGCGUAGUGUCGUGUCGCGUCGCGUCGCGUCGCCGCCGCGGGACGACGGCGUCGAGGCGAUACAUUCAUUUUUAUAAAAAUACUAUGACUAGUCAGGAUGUUACAAAUACAACGACUAAAUUAUGACUAAAAAUUCUUAAAUUCUCGGAAGGGAGGUCCUGGGGUACAUUUAUUGUGACACUCAGAAAUAUAAAGUUCUUAACGAGAUAUCGAUUACAAAUUAUGUACCUACUCUAUAAGAUUUCACUUAGCCUAUACGAAAUUCGAGCUAAUACAGUUCAUAAACUGCAAUAAACCGAAGAUAAUCUUCUCUAGGCAGCGUUAUAAUAAUUAUUUACAAAAGGUAACUACAUCAGUCAUUACAAUACUGUGAUAUGCAUUAUUGCCGGGAUAUCACUACUAAAAAUAUUUACAAAGUACAGAUAUGCUUCAGGAAUGAUCUAGAAUUUGUGGAUUCACUUGAUUUUACACGAAAUGUGCGACUUAUCGUAUGAAUUAUUCGCGGCAUAUAAUGAGCGCCUGAUUACAGAUACCGGUAUCAAAUAUGUUAUCUGCUGUAGGUAUCUGUGAUCAAAUCUAUACUAUUAUCUAAUUAAGGAUAUGAAACUAGUCGUAUCACACUGGGUCCAAGUAGCUAACUAUUGAAAUGUCUUCUGUCUACAUGUACAAAGUAUAACAGGUUUUAUUUGGUAAUUAAGUCCGGCCGGGUGUGACACGGCAGUUGACAGAGUUCAUGCGAUGAGUCGCUCCUUAAUAACAUUGUAUUGACAUUAGAAUAUUGUAUCACGUGAAUCCAACAUUAGGUACGAAUUGUAUGCAAUUAGCAUAUUUUGAUAUGUUUUUACGGAUAUUUGUUUUGUUUUAAAACUCUAUAAUUAGACAUUACCAUAAGUUCGAAUUUUGGACAAUUUUGUAGGACGUUUCAUAGUUGUAGGAACGGAAUACAUACAGAUAACGAGUUUCAUUUAAUUAUUCAAACUUCUUGAACAAUAAAGUUGACAGUUAUAAAUUACUGACUUUUUCUUUCUUUUAAAAAUUUAUUUGUAUUGUAAAAAACAUUGUGUUUGUUUUUUCUUUUCUUUUAAGUAGAAAUAUGUUGCCUUUAUUUAUUUCACUUUACAUAUAAAAUCGUACUCUGAUUUGUUUAGACUAUUAUAUCUAAUAAACUUUGGAACUGAUGAAACUA